AUGCUCCCCAAGUUCGCCCAAGCGUUCCGCAGCUCAAAUGAGGACCUGGAAAAAGCUCCCCAGGUGAACAAUUCCGCCGACUCAAAUAGCAAUGAUCUAUUCGACAACUCCAGCGAUGGCGCCGUGCCUGGAGAGAGCUUCGAAUAUGGCGACUCGAUGUACGCCAAGAUCCAGCGCAUAGCCGGUAAACUCAACAUCGAGCAGCGAGGUGUCGAACGAGUGCCGGAUUCUGAGCGGAACGAUACGUCCUUCCUCAAUAUUGGUAGCAUGUGGUUGGCCGCAAACAUGGUCGUGAGCUCCUUCGCCAUUGGCGUUCUUGGAAAGUCUGCAUUCGGGUUGGGCUUCAUUGAUGCCAUUUUGGUCUGUCUCUUUUUCAACCUCCUCGGUGUGAUGACCGUGUGCUUCUUCUCGUGCUUUGGUCCUCACUUUGGGCUCCGCCAGAUGGUGCUCUCGCGAUUCUGGUUUGGAUGGUGGGCUGUGAAAUUCAUUGCCAUCCUUAACAUUAUUGCUUGUAUAGGUUGGUCUGCUGCCAACGCCAUCGUCGGUGCCCAGCUUCUCAACGCGGUAAACGACGACGUCCCCGGAUGGGCUGGUAUCCUCAUCAUCACAUUCUGCACGCUUUUGGUCACCUUUUGUGGAUAUAAAUUUGUUCACAUGUACGAGUACUGGAGCUGGAUCCCCACCUGCAUCGUGUUUAUCAUUGUGCUCGGCACAUUCGCCCACUCUGGCGAUUUCGUCAACAUCCCAAUGGGAGUCGGAAUUUCUGAAAUGGGUGCCUGUCUAUCCUUCGGAUCCACUGUCUAUGGUUUCGCCACUGGCUGGACGAGUUAUGCUGCCGACUACACUGUUUACCAGCCAAAGACCCAGAGUCGUCGCCUGGUCUUCUUGUCUGCCUGGAUUGGUCUGAUUGUCCCCCUUCUUUUCACCCAAUUCCUCGGUAUCGCCAUCAUGUCCGCGACUGAGAUAGGCGAUGGAUAUAACAACAAGUACGCCGAGGGCUACCGAGCCUCCGUUAACGGCGGCUUGAUUUCAGCCGUGCUGGAGCCUCUCGGUGGAUUCGGAAAAUUCUGCCUCGUCAUCCUGGCCCUGUCCAUUAUCGCUAACAACUGCCCCAACAUCUACUCCGUCGGCCUGACCUUGCAGGUGUUGGGUCGGGCUACUCAGCGCGUGCCGCGAUUUAUCUGGACAUUCCUCGCUUCGUGUGUCUCCCUCGCCAUCGGUAUCCCGGGUUACUCAAACUUCGAGGCUGUUCUCGAGAACUUCAUGAGCCUUAUCGCCUACUGGUUGGCCAUUUACUCCGGCAUUGCGCUCGUUGAUCACUUCGUUUUCCGGCGUGGAUUCGAUGGCUAUCGCCCGGAAGACUACGACAAUCCCGACAAGCUGCCCAUGGGAAUCGCCGCGUCUAUUGCCUUUGCCUGUGGUAUUGUCGGUGUUGUUGUGGGCAUGAGUCAAUCGUGGUGGACAGGUCCUAUUGCCAAGUAUGCUGGUGACCCAGAAACUGGUGGUGGUGACAUUGGCUUUGAGUUGGGCUUUGCCUUCGCUGCUGUUGUAUAUUGCAUCUUACGACCGAUCGAGAUUCGUAAGAUUGGUCGGUAA